AUGGUUACUUCAGUUGAAUGUCCUCAGCCCAAUGGCUCUGCUCAGGUCAACAACCCUCGCCGUUGUGUCGCAGAUGGCACCCUCGACAUCACGGUCCUGGGAAUGAACAGCGGUACGGCCAUGGACGGCAUCGACUGCGCACUUGUUCGAUAUCAGCAGGUUUCCCCAGAAGCUGCUUUACACAUGGAAAUCCUCCAGUACGAUGAGAUCCCCAUUCCUCAGUCCAUCAAGAAGUCCGUCCUCACCACGCUCCGCGAAACGAAAACCACCCCCUCCCUCAUGUCGCAGCUGAACGUGCAGCUCGGCAACAUGUUUGGCGAGACGGUCAAGGUCUUCUGUGGGAAGCACAAUAUCCCUAUUAACAGCAUCGACCUCAUCGGGUCCCAUGGUCAGACUUUCUGGCUUCUGUCCAUGCCCGAGGAGGGCGAAACCCGCUCCGCCUUGUGCCUUGGUGAAGGAACUGUCAUCAGCGGCUUGACCGGCAUCACUACAGUCACCGACUUCCGCAUGGCCGAACAGGCGGUCGGCCGCCAGGGUGCGCCUCUUGUCGCCCUGAUCGAUGGUCUCCUUCUUCACCAUCCCACCGAAUGGCGCGUCUGCCAGAAUAUCGGCGGGAUCGCCAACCUCUGUAUCAUUCCACCCGACAGCCAGGGUGGUGUCGACGCCAUGGUCGACUGGGACUGCGGCCCAGGCAACAUGUUCAUCGACGCUGCGAUGCGCUACUUCACCAACGGCGAGAUGGAGUAUGACUGCGAUGGUGAGUGGGGUGCCCGGGGUAAAGUCAACCAGGCUGUUGUCGACAUGUUCCUCGACCACAAUAAAUACUGUAACCGCUUGCCUCCCAAGACAACGGGUCGUGAGACCUUCGGGGACAACGAAGCCCAGGAAAUCCUUGAUGAUUGCUUGGCUCGGGGCAUGAGUAAGUACGACACUGUCGCAACCAUCACUCGCAUUACGGCCCAGAAUAUCGUCAAGCAGUACCGCACUUUCUUCCCCAAAUUCAACAUUGAUAUCGACAAGAUCGCCGGUGUGUACAUGUGCGGUGGCGGUGCCCGCAACCCCAACAUCAUCAGCUACCUCAAGGAGCAGCUGCCCAAUUCCAAAGUUCUCAAGCUCGAUGAAACGGGUGUUCCUUCGGACGCCAAGGAGGCUGUCUCGUUCGCUCAGCAGGCCCUUGAGGCUAUUCUCGGCCGUGCCGCCCUGGUUCCCAUUAACAGUGACACGUUGACGCCCAACACCAUCUCGGGCAAGAUUGCGCCAGGGCUACGGUGGAGAGAGGUCAUGGCGAUGGCAGUGGAAUUCGGGAAAGGUCAACCUCAGUUGCAGACGGUCAAGGAGAUGGUUAUUGACAGGCCCUACACCUACGGUAAGCCUUAG